GCCGAUCUGCUUUCUGCCUCAUCUUCCCCGAUCCACCAUGAGGUUCACAGUCGUACCCGUUGCCAUGGCGAUGCUGUGUGUGAUGGCUAUCCAUGCAGAUGUUAAGCCUCAGAAGGACUUCAACCUGCAGAAGUUUACAGGAAAAUGGUACCGUGUCGGCUUAGCCUAUGACUCUCCCGGUUUUGCGCCAUACAGGGACAAACUCAAGGCAACCAUGGGCAUCAUCACCCAGACGCCUGACGGCCACGCAAACCUCACCAUGUGGGAGCUCUCGCCUCUGGGUUGUCAAAGUCUGACGUACCAGUAUAACAAAACCAGUGUACCUGGAGAGUUCAUCUACUUCAGCACACGUCACAACAUAGAAAAGGACAUCACAGUGGUGGACACAGACUACACGGACUAUGCUUUGGUUCUUAAGUACAAGGUCUUUAACAGAGAGUACACACAGGUGGCCCUUUACGGCCGCACGCCGAGAGUUCGCAACAACAUUCUCCAGAAGUUUAAGGCCUUGGCUUUGUCCCAAGGUUUAUCCAAAGAGUCCAUUUUGAUUCCACCUCUAGCAGAGAAUUGCCCGAUAACUGAACCCGGAGAGUAGAUUUCUGGUGUUCCUGGGAUGAAGAAAUCAGCUUCUGCUCCAAUAUCCGGCUUUCAGGAUUUAACAUGAAGUGUUGCAAAGUACCACAAAGUUUAUAAAAUAUAACACAGCUGAUGAAAUUUAAGUGCCUGGUUCUGUUCUGUCAUUUUGUUUUUAUUCCCUUUCUAUGUCAAGAGUUGAAUAAACACGAUAAUCUCCA